CCUGCAGUCCGAGGGUGGGGACAGGGACCAGGAAGUUGGGCUCAGGCUGGGGGAUCUGGGAAUUCUGAGGCUGAAGUGUCCCGCGUUACAGAGUGGGAAGGGGCGCCCGGUGACAGGACCAAGAGGUCCAGUGGCUCAGCUGGAGUUCUGGAGUUUCAGUGUCUCCGGAGUCGGAACCAGCAGUUGGGACGUAGGGAUGGGAGAGGAAAGGGACUCAGCAGUUCAGACUUGAGAGAUCCAGGGGUGUAGAUCUGGGGUUGGAGUCUCCAGGAUUCAGGAGAUAGAGAUCCAAGUGCCUGGAAUUAGGGGGCAGGCGGGAAUCGGGGGAAGUGGGGGAGGCAAGAAUCUGGAAAACAGAAAGUUUCCUCCUGGCUCUGUGCCUGAGGACAGUUGCCAGAGACCAGAACCUGAUGCCAGCCAGGCAGGUGAUACCAGUUUGAUGUGAGUGGGGCCUCCAACCAGCUAUUGAGCCUCCGAGGAUGCUGUGCGCACACUCAACACCCUCCAGACCAACGCCAGCUACCUGGAGCAGGUGAAGCGCCAGCGGGGUGACCCUCAGACACAGCUGGAAGCCAUGGAGCUGUUCUUGGCACGCAGUGGGCUACAGUUGGAGGACUUGGACCAGCUGAACAUCAUUCAUGUCACCGGGACCAAGGGGAAGGGCUCCACCUGUGCCUUCACUGAACGAAUCCUCCGAAGCUAUGGCUUGAAGACCGGAUUCUUUAGCUCUCCCCACCUGGUGCAGGUGCGCGAGCGGAUCCGCAUCAACGGGCAGCCCAUCAGCCCUGAGCUCUUCACCAACCACUUCUGGCGCCUCUACCACCGGCUGCAGGAGACCAAGGAUGGCAGCAGCUGUGUCUCCAUGCCCGCCUACUUCCGCUUCCUCACGCUCAUGGCCUUCCACAUCUUCCUCCAAGAGAAGGUGGACCUGGCAGUGGUGGAGGUGGGCAUCGGUGGGGCUUACGACUGCACCAACAUCAUCAGGAAGCCUGUGGUGUGUGGGGUCUCCUCUCUUGGCCUCGACCACACCAGCCUUUUGGGGGACACGGUGGAGAAGAUUGCAUGGCAGAAAGGGGGCAUCUUCAAGCGUGGUGUCCCUGCCUUCACCGUGCUUCAGCCUGACGGGCCCCUGGCAGUGCUGAGGGACCGUGCGCAGCAGAUCUCAUGUCCUCUCUACCUGUGCCCACCUCUGGAAGCCCUGGAGGAAGGGGGGCCACCGCUGACCCUUGGCCUGGAGGGAGAGCACCAGCGGUCCAAUGCCGCCUUGGCCUUGCAGCUGGCCCGCUGCUGGCUGCAGCAAAAGGACCACCAGGGCAUCGGGGAGCUGAAGGCAUCCCAGCCGAGUCUCCAGUGGCAGCUGCCCCUGGCACCCGUCUUCCAGCCCACGUCCCACAUGCAGCACGGGCUUCGGGACACGGAGUGGCCUGGCCGGACGCAGGUGCUGCGGCGCGGGCCGCUCACCUGGUACCUGGACGGCGCGCACACCGUCAGCAGCGUGCAGGCCUGCGUGCGCUGGUUCCGCCAGGCGCUGCGCGGCCGUGACAGACCGGACAGUGGGCCCGAGGUGCGUGUCUUGCUCUUCAACUCUACUGGGGACCGGGAUCCCGCGGCCCUGCUGAAGCUGUUGCAGCCCUGCCAGUUUCACUAUGCUGUUUUCUGCCCCAACCUGACAGAGGUGUCACCCACGGGUAACGAAGACCAGCAGAACUUCACAGUGACACUGGACCAGGUGCUGCUCCGCUGCCUCACACACCAGCAGCACUGGAGCCGCCUGGACAAGGAGCAGGCCAGCCCGAACCUCUGGAACAGCCCCGGCCCGGAGCCUGGUGGGCCCGCGUCCUUGCUGCUGGCACCCUGCCUGCCCCACCCCGUCAGCACCAGCUCCCUUGUCUUCAGCUGCAUCUCCCACGCCUUGCAGUGGAUCAGCCAAGGCCGGGACCCUGUCUUUCAGCCACCCAGUCCCCCACGGGGCCUCCUCGCCCACCCCGUGGCAGGCAGCGGGGCCAGUGUACUGCGGGAGGCUGCUGCCAUCCACGUGCUGGUCACAGGCAGCCUGCACCUGGUCGGGGGUGUCCUGAAGCUGCUGGAGCCCUCCCUGUCCCAGUAGCCGAGGCAGUGGGGCUGGAGGUGGGGCCUCCCACGCCUGCCCUGUGUCUCUCCACGAACUCCUGUAUUAAGUGCCUUCUGUUUCCUGCUUUCCUGAUUCUGUCUAGACUGGUCCAGGGACCUGGGCUCUGGGCGGUGGAAUAGAGGGCUGAGGGUGGGAGGCUGAGAUUGGACAUCCUGUCUCUGAGCCUGGGGUGCCUUUGGCCUCUCCUCCCUUCCCUGUCGUAGCAGGCCUGACGAUCCAGCCUGUCUCCCUCCCACCCCGCCUGCUUCGGGCCAGCUUCUUGUGUGAGCUGCCUGGCUGGGCCUGGGAUCCUGCCAGGUGCUGGUUGAUAGGUUUUCUCCUCCCAGUGGCCUUCCGGGAAAAAAAAAGGGGCCCUUGCUUGGGGCUCUCUGGGGACAGAGGGUGGCUAGAGUCAAUUAAAGCCUUUAAUUUUUUUAAAAAAA